AUGUCGGACAAGCAGCAGGAGAACGGAUCUAAGCAGGAGGAGCAGCAGCAGCAGCAGCAGCCGCAGCAGCAGCAGGAAGCAGAGGCUUCUACUAGCAGACAUGGUAGCUGCGGAUCUCCACCGGAACCGGAGCGGGAACCAGAAACCGAGCCCGAACCCGAACCCGAACCGGAAGUAGAAAUGGAAGUCGAAGUAGAGGAGGCCGGUGCUGCUGCAGCUUUAACAGGAUCGGAAACUCUGGCUCCGGCCAACCCAAAUCCGGAACUGGAACGCGACAGGGACAGGGACUCCCAUGGCGACAGAUCCACUCAUCGGGACGAGUUUGGCACUCAGCGCGUCUACAAGAAGACCUCGCCGAAUUGCGUGCUAACUUUAUAUCUGCCCACUCGCGAGAUAACACUCACCGGUAACAAUCCGUCCGUCCUGCGGGGCAUCGUCUAUGUGGAUCCAAAGGCCAUACAGGGAUAUCGCGUAUACGCCCAGCUGACACUGACAUUCCGUUAUGGUCGCGAGGACGAGGAGGUGAUGGGUCUGCGUUUCUGCAAUGAGGCCAUCAUGUCGCUUCAUCAGAUCUGGCCAAGAUUGGAAGAGCCCACACCGGAGUCGCUCAGUCCGCUGCAGGAGGCCCUCAUGAAGCGCCUGGGCGACGGGGCCCAUCCCUUCACCCUAUCGCUAUCGUCCUAUGCCCCGCCCAGUGUCCAGCUGGUACCGGCCAAACGCUACUACGGAGCACCGAUUGGGACCAGCUAUGAUGUUCGUUGCUUCAUUGCGGAUAAAACGGAUGAGAAAUUCCAUCGUCGGGCAUCCGUAAAGAUGGGCGUAAGGGUCAUCUAUCGCACGGAUGUGUUUCAUCAGCAUUUGGCUCCCGAGCAGUUUGCCGCCUACGCCGGUCGUCAGCAUAGCGCCCAAUCGCCUCCGGCCAGUGCCACGCCCCCCUCAGGUGGGGAAGGAGGCGAACAGCAGCAGCAGCAGCAGAGCGCCCCUCCACACUCGCAAUCGCAGCCAUCAAGCGGUUCCAAGCACAAGUCCAAGUCCGAGCGUGGCGACUCUUUCCCCAAGCUCCGUCUGUCGCCAAAGUCCUUUCGGUUCAGCGGUCGCUUCGGACGCAGCAAGAGCGAGAUCGAGAAGUGUCCCAAUGAUCCGUUCCACAGCUACAGCAAGUCCUUCCAGGAGCACUGUGACAGCAUGUUGCCGCCGCACACUGGCGCCGGGGUCUCCGGCGGAAUUGGGGGCGUCAGUGUUGGUCCUUGUGGCGGUCCUCAGGGCUCCGUGGACAAGCCCUUCCUGCUGCACGACGGUCGUGUUGGAUUGAGAGCCAGCUUGGACAAGGGUUGGUAUACCCACGGCGAGGACGUCAAUGUGACCGUUAAUAUACGCAACGACAGCCGCAAGACGGUGCGCAAAGUACGGGUCUGCGCCAUCCAACACGUCGACGUUUGCAUGUUCAACAAUGGCAAAUUCAAGAAUGUGGUGGCCGACUCGGACAAUGUGACGCCCCCAGUGGAUCGCACAGUGGCCGCCGGAGCCUCGCUGAACACCACAGUUGUGCUGCGGCCACAGCGUGGCCCCACCAAGAACUGGAUUGCCCUGGAGGAUACCUUGCAGCGCAGCACCGAGCCGGAGGAGAUCACAGGCGCCAUCGCAGCCUCGGCCAUACGUUCGCCGCACUUUGUGAUGCAGAAUGCCCAGUUGCUAGGUGGAUGUGGCCAUCCAUUGGGCAGUCCAGCUCUGAUCACCCCACAUCCGCACCUGUGGCAGCCCGGAGUCCAAGGUCAGGGUCAGUCGGGCAAUCACAAUUCCUCUGGCAGUGGCGGUGAGGAGCGCAACGUGUUCGCCAUCUAUGUAUCGUACUACGUCAAGGUGAAGCUCACCCUGAGCGGCAUGGGUGGCGAGUUGUCCCUGAAAUUGCCAUUCGUCCUUGUCCAUGUGGAUGAGACACAGCGUCCGGGCUUUGCUUCUGCCACGCUGGGUGAGCUACGGCUCGAGAUGGAGCGCUUGGCCCUGCAUGAUGCACCUGUGGGCAGGCGGAACGGAAGGCGACCGGCGCCCACAUCCGCUGAGAUUGGCGAUGGGCCCUCGACCAGUGCAGCCGCCGCCGCUGCCGCUGCUGCCAAGUCAUCUGGCCAUUCAUCCGGACAGUCAGCCAGUCAGCUGGACAUGAUUGAGACCCUAGACGAUGAGUUCAACAUCAGGGUUCCUGUUCCCAAGAAUGGUUCUCACAAGCGUCGCUUACAACGCAGCGAGACCUUGGCCCGGGAUCUGGAGGAGCAAGAAGAACAGGUUCCAAUGUCGGGUGAGGAGGAGCAUAUUGUGCAAAUCCAUUUGGAGCAAGUAUCGCCGGACAGAGACGAAGUGCAGCCGGAAAGGGAGCAGGAGCCGAUGCAGGCAAGCCAUGCUCCCGGUGCCGAGACCGGUGCAGUGCCCAAGUCGUCGAAUGUGUGAUUCUGAUUGUGGUCCCAGAUGUUUGCCAAGCGCAAGCGAAAGCCGUAGUACCAUCCAGUAGGACGUAGUCCCCACUCCAAUAUAGGGGGGGGGGAUUUUCUAGAACUGGAAAUUAGUGGGAAUUUAAACAGAUUUUAGUUUGGGAUUAGUCAGGCUAUGAUUUAAAUUUGAUUUUAAAAUAUUCACAAAUUUCUUGUGAUUUUAAAUCACUCGAAAAGAGGCACUCGAAAGUCCUUAAAUCCUUAAGUUAAACCCUAAAUUUUGUGACGAAUAGUGAUUAGAUUAGCUUAGAGGACUUAAAACCCCAAAAACUCGUUUCAAAUUUGAAGUUUUUCAAGUACUUAAUCGAGGAAGACUAAAGCCCAAUUGGAUGAACUCAAUGAAGACGUUUCAGCAGCAUUUCGAGAGAAAAGGUUUUCAACUCGGGCUGGUAUUUAUAUUUGCGGUUUAACUAUGUAUGAUUUAGCAAUGUUAAGCUGGUAAUAUGAAUACCAACUCCAGGAAAUAAAUAAACCAAAAUGUAAAUGUAAAGAAAGUAAGAAAAAACAAUUCAGUUUCGGUUUCAAGAGUCGAGUUAGUGAGCAGCUAGCAGAUGAGUAAGUUGGAGGUUUCCAUGGACGGAUGAAAGCAAGGAUGUAGCCACUAAAGUUGGCAACGGUAUUCCCUAGGAAUUAGACAAUGAAAUGAGGUGAAAUUUUUGCAAAUCGAAGUGGAAUAGAAAAAGCUACGAAGGAGUUUAAGGACUUAAGAGUCAUAUUUAUAGUCGUUAGCUUUAAGAUUUAUCAUUUGAUAUUAGCCAUGCAAUGCGUUGAAAUUGAUGAUAUUUUGUGUGGUUUUGGCAGGAUAGUUUAGUAGCGGUAUCUACAGUAUUGAAAUUGAAAGGCAAGCCAACCUAAAGCACAUCUAUAUAUAUAUAUAUAUAUCUAGAUCUUAAGUGAGUGUGUUUGACAUUACAAAAAAAAAAAAAAAACAAACAACAAAUGCCAAUUGAAAGCCCUUUUAGAUCGCACAGAUGUCACCAUUAGGGUACGUCGAUAAUGUACUAACUAAAUUAUCAUAAAUAUAUUUACUAAAUAUUAAUGUUUGAUGUGUAUUUACAAAGGCAAAAACCUUACUAAAGAGGCCAAAAGGGCAGACACACUGAAAAUCUCGUUGCGGUUUCAAACUGACGAAAAGUAUUUACAAAAUAACCGAAAAACCAAGCAAAUUAAACAGAUAUCCGCAAGAUACACAAGCACAUAUCUGUGAGUUUUCUGGCUUUUGUGGCCAAUGUCAAUGUGUGUGUGUAUGUAUGUGUGUGUGUUUUGUUUCAAAAUCCAUGGUCAAAUUAGUUAAAUUAAGCCGAACAAAGUUGGAUGGCCAAUUUUAGUCGAAAGAAAGAAAUCGGUUGACAAAGUUCCGAACAUUAGUUAAACCUCCAAGAAGAAGGAUCGAAAAGCUAUAGCUUAUAGUUUUAUAAAGCGGUUUUAAGCCUCCACAAGAAGGAUGAUGAUGAUGACGAUGAUGAUCGAAUACCUAAAGAGUUUUGCAAACUAUUGCGAAGAAUAUCCUAUUUAGGAGGGACUUACUGAAACCACCAAAGUAAACACAAAUGAUAUCAAAGAUUUUUAAUGUUUAGCUGUACGAAAAUCCAUACAUAAUAUAUACUAUAUAAAGAUAACGAUAACGAUAACGAUAACGAUUAACAUUUCCGUGUAUAUGUGUCUAGAGUUUAAUGUGCAACAUUGAAGAAAUGAGAAAACACUGAAUAAAAAAGAAUUUAUGAAUGUAACACAAGAUUAGAGUGUCUAGCUAUGCUCGGCUUAUGCAAUCUGUGUGCAGAUCGAUCUCCCUAUCGAUAUAUAGAUAAUAUAUAUAUAUAUUUAAAUAUAUUUAUGUGAGUGUGUUGCUUUGACAAGCCAAGCUACUAAUUCAUUUCGACGCUAAACUAAACGCGCGCAGAAAACAAGGCGAAACAAAAUAAACUUAAAUGUGAUGCAUUUCUAUGAAUACACUAAAAGAUUACAUAAUAACCCUAUAUACAAUCAUAUAUGUAUACACUGUAUAUCGAUGGCUAUCUAGACUUAUGACUUAAGAUCCCCCUCCCCCCCCAAAAAAAUAUACGAAAAACCGCAUUCUUUUUACUUUAAGAGCUGGACUCUAAUCGCAGCCAAGGAUUGCGAAAACAUUUUUGUGUCUCCCUUCCUUUCCGGUUCUAGUUUGUUGUCCUUUCUGUCCCCAGACCUCCUACAGUCCAGUCCAGAUGCUAGGAUAGCCAAUUGAUUGAUGAUGAAUCAUGGUCUCGGUCAGUGGUCACUGGUCAGUGGUCAGUGGGCAGUGAGUGUGGAUGGAGCUCGACUGGACUCUGGACUGUGGACUCUG